AUGCCCCCGGCCCGGGACUCUUGGUUUGCUCGAACCAAACUUUGGUUUCCGAGAACCAAGGGCUCCGGGGCCGGGGCCCUCACCUCUCCCACCCGCCCUCCAGAUGACUCGAUCGCGGAGCGUGUGACCGAAGCCCCUACCUCAGAUGCUCGAUGGAGCGUCCUGAGCCCCGGUCACACCCCACAUACGCAAAUCGGGUCGUCUGAGGCGCCAAUCAGCAGUUCAGUAGAUUCAAUUGAAGAUCACUUCUUCAAUCUUCUUCCUCUCGCAUCAAGGCUUAAGGUUAACGCCACGUUCAAACUCUAA